GCCCACAGCUGAGGUGGCCCUUUCCGAACAGGUUAGGACAGGAAGGGAGGCGAAAUUGUGCUGUCGUGUCCUGUGAGAACGAAAUCUCUCAGCGUGGCAACUAUUGAAAGGUGUUAAGAUAAGCAAGGAUGAAGAUGAUACGGAUCUUUGCAUUGUUGGCUAUUUUUAUCGGUCUUUCUGCAGCUGAGAGCUGCACAGACCCCGUCAUUACCCCUUCCUCCUACACGACAACAGACGCCGUCAUCGCCUCGGAGUCGGUCUUUAUCGUGGAACUUAGCCUGGUGUGCGCCAAUGGAGCUCAGAGUGUGGCCCUGUAUGCUGAUGUGAACGGGAAGCAGUUUCCUGUGACCAGAGGCCAGGAUGUAGGAAAGUACCAGGUGUCCUGGAGUGUCCCUCACAAGCAGGCCAGUUCUGGGACAUACCAAGUCAAAUUCUUUGAUGAAGAGUCUUACAGUGCACUGCGCAAGGCCCAGAGGAACAAUGAGGAUGUGGACUCUAUCAAGCCUCUCUUCUCUGUCAAUGUGGAUCACAGGGGGGCGUGGAGCGGUCCCUGGGUCUCUACUGAGGUUUUGGCUGCAGCUAUUGGCACCCUGGUUUACUACUUAGCCUUCAGCGCCAAGAGCACCAUCCAGGCCUGAGGGCUAGACACACACACACACACACACACAUCUUCAUGUAAACAUGAGGAGCAGACAUUGACCACCCUGACCAGCUUCCAAGAACACACACGCACCUCAGCUGAGUCUGAGGAACUCGCUGUGACCAGCCUGCACAGCCCUGCCACACAUCUGUUCACAGUGGUCUGUCUGUGACCUGGCCUUCAUUGCCAGGAGCAGGGAGUUCAGACAUAAACUCCCUAGUCAUAUUGACUGACACUGAGCAGCACAUUGACGGACAUCUCAUCACCAACAGACUUGAACCGAAUGGCUUUUUUUCUGGGCCAGUUACAAUGAGCAUUUAUUUCAGUGGUUUGAAACCCCAACUUUCAAGCGCGGGGCUGAGGUGCUCUUUUAGAGCUGGAAGGGUUGUUCCCAGUCUUAGUUUAAAGCCCUGCUAAGCUCAUUGCUCUUGGCCUCAGACUCUCCAUCUCAAACACACAUCAGCAGGGCUCACAUGUACUCUCCUCCCCAAUCUGACUGACGUUUUCAAUGUUUGAUAUUUAAUUAGGGGGCAUUUACCCCCUCCCCAUUCUUAAUUUGAGCUCACAGACCAUUGAAUUGCUGAGCUGCAGAGAAGAAAACUGGGGGGACUUGGGAAGUCAUUGUUCCUAUGUUGAAUCAAAUAAAUCAUUUUUUAUAAUGAAAAUGUUUGAUGAUUUGUUUUUAAAUGCACUAAGUAAUAAAACCAGCAA